UUUUUCCCAUUGUAUACACUUUUAUGUCUUUACUUCUGUCUAAACCUACUAUCUCUCAACCCAAAAACCAAACUUCAUCUAUCACCACUGCUCGCCGGCGGCAGUCUCUCAGACGCAGCCACCACCUCUCUAAGACGAGCACCACCAGGGUCCUCUGUAUUCAUUAUCUCUCACGAGGCCUUCCUUCUUCUUUCUCUCCAUAAGAUAUUUUUCUCUCGAGAAGCUACAUUCGAAUGGGAAAAAACUAUUGAAAGAUAAAAUGGAAUAAUAAUUGUUACCAUUAGAUCUGAUACAACUACCAAAAAAAGAGAAAGAAAAGAGGUGGAAGAUAUAAAUUAUAAUCAAAAUCAACGGUAGUUUGUUCUCACAAAGGUAAGAAGUAUUUAUCGAUCAUCCUUGAGAGGUUCGUACACAAAAAUGAAGCAUCUAUUGAAAUUAAUACAAAGUGAAAAUUAUGUGUAUUGGACAAGAAGACGAGAUGGUUCAGAUGUUCUAAGAGACAUAUUUUGGACGCAUCAUGAUAGUAUAAAGUUGUUAAAUAUGUUUCAUUUUGUUUUGAUAUGUGAUAACACAUACAAAACAGAUAAAUAUCGUCUACCAUUGCUUGAAAUUUUCGGUGUAACAUCUACUGGGUUGACAUUUUCUGUAGCAUUUGCUUACUUCGAACAAGAGCGACAAGAAAACUUCAUUUGGGCAUUUGAAAAGGUAAGAGAUUUGUUUGUCUCUAAGAAUUUAAUUCCUAAAGUUAUUGUGACUGAUAGAGUUCUUGCAAUGAUGAAUGCUAUUCAUAUCGUAUUUCCUACUUCAAUUAAUUUGCUAUGUCCUUUAUAUAUUGAAAAAAAAAUUGGGACAAAAUGCAAACAAUAUAUAACAAAUGAUAGACAAUAUGAGGUAAUGGAUCUAUGGAAAAAGAUUGUAUAUUCAACUAGUGUGGAAGAGUUUGAUCAUCACUUGCAACACUUUGAGUUAGUGUGUGCCGAUAUUAUCACUUUUGUUGAUUAUGUUAAAGAUUCAUGGUUCAAACCUUAUAAAGAAAGAUUUGUCGUUGCUUGGACCAAUAGAGUAAUGCAUUUCGGAAAUACAACGACUAACAGAAUUGAGUCUGCUCAUUGGAGAUUGAAAUAUAUGUUGCAAAUUAAUAAUGGAGACUUGUGUAAAAGUUGGGAUGCUGUGAAUAUGAUGUUGAAGAAUCAAAUGUGUAUCAUCAAAUCGUCUUUUCAGAAAACCAUUAGCAUUGUUGAUAACGUGUAUACUUCACCAUUUUAUCAAAGAUUGCAUCACUUUGUAUCAAGGACAUGUUUAAAAAACAUUGAUGAACAAUUAAAGAGGGUAAAAAUGGUAGGUAUUGACAAAAUAAAAUGUGGUUGUUCAAUCAGAACAACUCAUGGGUUACCUUGUGCUUGUGAAUUGGCAUAUUUGCAGAUAUCUGCUACUCUCAUCCCUUUAGAUACCAUUCAUAUUUUUUGGAGAAAAUUAAACAUGGAGCAUGAAUUGGAGCAUGAAGAAUCUUUAUCACAAUAUGACUUCUUAGAAGAGUUGGAGGCAAUGAAAGCAUACAUGAAGACACAAGAUAUUGCUGGUCAAAUAAUAUUCAAGGCAAAAGUGCGUGAACUUGUAUUUUCACAUACAACAUUAAAGCGUCCACCACAUGAUAAAGUAAAAAUCAACGGAGCUAUUAAAAAUAAUAAAAAGAGAAAAUAAUUUGAUAUUUCUCAUGAUCUUUCUUAUUGGGAGUAUGUCGAUGCUCCUCAUGAUGGUGUGAAGAUAUGAUAAAUAGUUUAUGCAGGACGUCUCAAGCAUUGAGAUCACUUGGAUCCAACAUUUAUCAAACUAUAUUGUGUUUCAUUAAAUGAAAAUUAAUUUGUAUGUGUGAAGUUUUCAAAUCAUCUUGUGAUUUAUUAAAUGGAUAUUAAUUUGUAUGUGUGAA